UUCCCGCCGAGACUGACUUGGUUUUCGCGGCCGAUUUCCUUUCCUGGCCAAAUUUAUUCUGUUUUUUGGGUGUCUACGCUAAGUUUAUUCUGUUUUUUUUGGGUGUCUAAGGCUGCGUCGAGAAGGAAGAGAAGAUGUAUGUCAAGGUGCGAACGAUGGACGGCAGUCAGACGGCUAUAAUAACGAUUUCGAAGUUAACCACGGUGGAGGAUUUCCGCGAAUUGAUUCUGGAGAAAAUGAACGUGACAGCCGAGAGACAGCGGCUUUUUUAUCGGGGAAAGCAGAUGGAAAAUGGACACACUCUUUUUGACUACAACAUCAAUAUCAAUGAUGUGAUUCAACUAAUGAUAAAGCCAGUCCUCUCAGAGAUCAACUCCAAUGUGCAGGCCAAAGCAUCUUCAGCAAAGCGAGAUGGAGAACAGGCUGACAAGGAGAAUGCUAAGACUGACUCAGAAGUUAAGAAAAAUUCAGAUGUGCAGGAGAGUCAGUACUACAGAGUGGGAGACUUGAUUGAUGCGAAAUCUUUGUACGAUGGAACCUGGUGGGAAGCAAAAAUUAACAAAAUCACAGUAAAUCCCAAAGCUAAGGAGAUAUCUGAUGAAGAUGAUGGUAUGCUUUACCAUGUCACACAUGAAGGGUUUGAGGAUGACCUGCCUGAAGAGCUGUUGCUGAAGCACGUUCGACCAAGAGCCUUUCAGAAAGUCGAAUUAGAGGAUGUUUGUAAAGGAGACAUUAUUAUGGCUAACUAUAACAUAGAAAAUCCAGAAGAAAGAGGACACUGGUAUGAUUGCAAAGUUUCAAAGGUUAUGAAUUCAAGAACCCAGAAGGCAGUGGUUGCAACUGUAUUGAUUGGAGCAGACUCCUCACCAAUGGAUGACUGUUAUAUACGCUUUGUUGAUGAACUCUUUAGAAUAGAAAAAAAUAUUAAGUUAGACGAGAGGAAUGGAGAUAUGGAGAGAAGAAUCGUAGAAGGAUCUCCUGUUAAGCGUAAAAAUGCACCAAACUGCGCAACAUGCAAGGACAACCCAAAGCGCAAAUGUAAGGAAUGUGGUUGCCAUGAAUGCGGUGGAAAAGAGAAUCCGGAGAAACAGCUCAUGUGCGACGAGUGCGACUUGCCCUACCACAUCUACUGUCUCACUCCACCCAUGGAAGCCAUACCUGAUGUGGACGAGUGGUUCUGUCCAUUGUGUAAGAAUGAUGACACAGAAAUUGUCAGAGCUGGUGAAAAGUUGAAGGAAAGCAAGAAGAAAGCAAAAAUGGCUUCUGCUAAAGGCAGCACAUCACGGGAUUGGGGGAAGGGAUUUGCCUGUGCAGGAAGGCAAAAAGUUUGUACUAUUGUUCCACAAAAUCACUUCGGAGCAGUCCCAGGUGUUGAAGUGGGAACAAUGUGGAAGUUCAGGUUACAGGCAUCAGAAGCUGGAGUACAUCGUCCACAUGUUGCAGGAAUUCAUGGACGUGAGAAUGAAGGGGCUUACAGCAUAGUUCUUUCUGGAGGUUACGAAGAUGACGAAGAUAAUGGGGAAAGUUUCACGUACACAGGCUCUGGAGGCCGUGAUCUCUCCGGCAAUAAAAGAACAGCUGAACAGUCUAGUGAUCAACUCUUGACUAGGAUGAACAGAGCUUUAGCUCUGAAUUGUAAUAUACCUGUAAACAAGAAUGGAGCUGAGGCAAAGGAUUGGCAAAAGGGGAAACCUGUACGUGUUAUCCGGAACUGCAAAGGGAGAAAGCAUUCAGAAUAUGCUCCAGAAGAAGGAAAUAGGUAUGAUGGACUUUAUAAAGUUGUGAAGUACUGGCAAGCAAAAGGGAAAAGUGGAUUCAAAGUGUGGCGUUACCUCUUACGAAGGGAUGACCCUAUUCCCGCCCCUUGGACUAAAGAAGGCAGAAAGAGAAUACAGGAAUUAGGUUUAGAGAUGGAGUAUCCAGAGGGCUACCUUGAAGCUCAAAAGGAGAAAGAGGAAUCUGCAAAGAAGGAGAAAGAUGCAUCAUCUGGAAGUGAUGAUGAAGGCAAACAGAAGAAAAAGAAUUCCAAGAGAAAGAAGAGCAUGGAGACUGAGGCAGAGAAAUCUGAAAAUACACCUUCAAAGUCAAAGAAAAGAAAAACUACAGGAUGUUCUUUGGAAAAGGAAAUUGAAAAACUGAUUGCCAAAGAUGAAAGUAACCAUAAACUUUGGGAAGAGAGUAAACAGCUCUUAGAAGAGGGACGAUCAAGCUUUUUGACUGCAGUGGAAGAAAGAUUCUUGUGCAUCUGCUGUCAAGAACUUGUAGUGAAACCAGUUACUACAGAGUGUAAACACAAUGUUUGUCAGGCAUGCUUACAGAGAUCUUUUAAAGCUGAAGUAUAUUCAUGUCCAGCAUGUAGAUAUGAUUUAGGUAAAGGAUAUGCAAUGACAAUUAAUAAGCCAUUAAGCGAGUGCCUAAUUAAACUCUUUCCUGGCUAUGAUGUUGCACGUUAGUAUGUCGUUUAAGAACUAAAGAAUUCCUUCAUUUAUGUCAUUGACAUUUUGGACUAUUUUUGCCCACAAGAAUUAUCUUAUUUAAAGUAAAUCUCUAAUUACUAUUUAAUGACAUUGAUUUCUUCCUGUCAUUUAGUCAGUAUUUUGAAUUCUAAAGGAAGUUUAUGUAUUCCAUUUUUUCCAUGUAUUUUCCAAAGUAUAUCCAUUUGUAAAAUCAUUCAUAUCUAACCUAAUUUAUCAGAUACUUGUGCUUUGGUUUAUAGUUUGCCUUGGUAUGUUUCAGAAGUUUAUUUAGAAAAAUAGUGGUAAAUGAUGUGUUUGUAUUUACCAUCUAGUUCUUUCAGCAUCUCCAGUUAUAUUUUGAGAAGACAUUGCUACAUUCCUUUUUUUUUUUGUGUGGAGGGAUUCUGUAUAUACAUCCCAGUGUUGAUAGGUAUUUUUAUAAUCUUCAAAGAAGGAGUUUUUACUUUUUUGGUACUUUCUUUAUUUACAGUAUGUUAUCUUUUAAAGUUGGAAAUGUAAUAUUAGACCUCCAAAGUCCUCUAGAUUAUGUGUACUAGUAGAAGAAAGAUUUGUAUACAGUACAUGUACACAGGCUCACACAUAUACACGUGCACCCACAAAUUUUUAGAUUAUUAUUAGUAUUUUAUUUUCUUCCUAACAUUUAGUUUUUAUGCCAUCAUCCAUAGUUCAUUAUGUAUCACAUGUAAAUAAAUAUAGAUAAUGGAAGUUCUGUAAUUGAUUAAUAAAAUAAAUUGUAAAGUCAUCUGCUGAAGUUCUAUGAUAGUACCCAGUCCUUAGAGCAGGGGUUCCCAACCUAGGGUCCAUGCAGUACUUUCUGGUGAGCUGUGGAGCAAUAUGAAAAUUAUGACAUUGCAUUGAACAGGAUUUUGUCUCACAUACAGUACCUACAUAUAAUUCUCUCUCACAAAUCAGAAAAUUGGAAUCUUUCCAUAUAGUGUUCUUGUCCUGUAGCUAUUGGCUCCAGAUAUAUGGUUUCAAUAAUAAUUUGAAUCUUGAAAGAUGACAGACACUGAACAGGGCCAUAGAGAUUUUCAUGUACUGGUUGAACACACAGAACAGAAAAGAUUAUGAAAUACUGCUUUAGAGGAUCAAAAAAUGAGCAUAUUCCUCCAGUUUAUUUGCAGUUGACAUCAAAAAUACAGAGGAAGUCUUUCUGCAACACCAUUUUACCUCUAAAGGACCAGUAAAAUGCAGUUUUGUCUGCUUUUCACACCUUUGUUUCAGCUUUAACCAUUCUGAACUUUAUAUUAUGGAUGAUUCAAAUUUUUUAAUGAUUUUUGUCAAGUUUCAUCAAUUGUGCACAUAUCCUUGAGAAAGAGAUGGUUCAUCUCUUAUGGGUUUGUGGGUAAUAUGUAAUGCAAAACACUUUCGUUUUAUAAGCAUUUACUUCAUAGCCUAAAAUACACUCGCCACAUUUAUUUCCCCAAGAUUUUAUUUUUGGAUACUAAACAUCACUUUCCAGUUUUGUCAUACUCAUUUAUGCUUGAACAUAUAUUUGGCAACAACCUAAAUGAAAUAAACUUCGACAGCAUGCAAGUCAUAUAUUGUGUAUCCCAAACAAAAAAGAAUAUAGCCAUGUGAUAUAUGACCUGCAUUAGAAACAGGUGACCAGCUACUGUUUGUAAUGUCUAGUAAUCAUAAGAGAAUGCUAUGACCAUCUAUUGUCUGAAGUAAAUGAAGAUGUGCUACCUUAUGUAAACAAUUUACUGUGAAUGGAGAAUCAACAGUAGAGUGCUAAAUGUUGAAUUGUUAUUUAUGCAGAAGAAUCCAGUAAGAAAAUAAAAUAAUUCAGAGAUAAACGUUACCUUCAUGUAAAUGUGGAUUUUAAUCUGACAUUACAUAUGUAGAUUGUAAUAUUCAUUUUACAUGGUAAAAACUGCAGGAUAAUUUAAAAGAGAAGAGGCUGCAGUUAUCUUUUUGGUACACAUUGUAGUGUGCCAGCCACAUUUGUAGAUAUGCACACAGACAUCACUGGUGAAAUAUUAGAAAAAAAGGAAAACAAUCUAUAUAUUGUGUUCAUCAAUACAACAAUAAUUUCCUGUAAUAAAACUGGUUGAACUAUGCCAAGAAUUAGUAAACAGUUAAGAAAAAUAAUAUAAAAAAAAAUCCUUACAUAAUCACAAACCAGCAUAAUGAGGCAACAUGAAUAACAAUUGAGCUUUCAGGCUUAACUGUGCACUCCAGUCAUUCAAAAAUUUAUGAAUUAUGCAAAUCUCCAAAUUUAGAAUAUCCCGAAGCAUUUUUCCUUUAUUUAAUACUAGAGGUAAGUGAUCAUUUUCUUGGUUUCUCAUCUUAUUUUGGAAUUUCUCUUGUACUGAUUUUUCUACCAAGGUGACUGCCCAUCCACUUUUCUUCGUUCUAAAACUGAAUUUGCUAUUCUUUUAAGGGAUAACUAGAGCUGAUAGCCUCUGUGGUUUAUUAUAUUGAACUUAAGCAAUUGAAAUUGAUAUCAUGAAUUAAUUUUGAUAACUACCCCAAAACUAAUUUGAUAACAUUACAGAAGUACUCCACUUUAAGCUUACUACUUCAGUAACUUCAGCAUUCUUACUUUUCCAUUCACUCAUAUAUUAAUUCAUCUGUUCUUUCCUUGUUUUUCUCCUCCUCAUUCUCCAUUCUCUCUCAACCCUUUCCUUCCUUUAUUCAUUGUUUCAAGCUCUUUCUGUCUGGCUGCUUGAACUGUAGGUAUCAGUAGCUUCCAUGGUUCACUGCUGGAUCAUCCUAAUUCUAGAGCUCAAACUGAUUACAUUCUACUGUUAGCUCUUGUACUACGUGUGUCAUCGUGAACAUUAAACAGACCUAUGAAAAUAUCAAUAACAUCCCUAUCAGACACAGUAGCAACAUUGGCUUAUCAUGUGUGAUAUCAUCAAGGCUUUCUGCAUCUUUCUUUAAUUCACACUUGGCUCACCAGGGUGAUUUUUAUCAAAAUUACUUUUCAUAUUGAAUUUAUUUGUUGAUGAAUAUUAUCAUAUUAUACCAGAGAUUAUGUAUUGUCAAUAUAAAAAUAUGACUGGCAAUUACUUACUUGCAGUUAGUGUCUUCCCAUAGAACUGUAGGCAACUUUUUUUCUCACUAUUACAAGUGAAUAUAUAUUUUUAAUUUCAUAUAGUUCCAUUUAGUUGCUCUUCUUUUCUAUUCAAUAAAUGCAAGUAAAUCCUCCAACUGGUAAAUUUUAAAAAGUGAGGCUCAACAUUAAAUCAAAUUUCAUAUAUACUGUAAUUCCUUGAGAUGGUAUUGAUUAAGCCCUUAGCUCUCUGUAUAUUAUGUUCAUACAUACCUAAGAAAUGGUCUUUGACAAAGUUAAAAUACUUGGCAAACAACUCUAUUUAUGCAGUGCAGAGAGGCAUAUGAUGUAGUGUAUUGAUUUAAAGUAUUGGGUAAGUUUCAUACACAAUAUUUACAUUUUUACAUAAACUUAAAUGAUAAAAGACAGUGAAACCCAUACUCUUUUUUAUCAUUUAUGUUCCAUGAGUUUUUUAUUCCAACUAUCUUUUCCAUACCUUUCUCAUUUGAUACUUCAUAUUGUCACUUAACAUCAUCAUUAAUAUUACAAAUAAAUAAAUAAUCCAUUUGAUAUUUUUCAAUUUUCAUACUAUCUGAGCAGUGUGAAUCUUUAAUGUAUUUCUAUACACAACAUAAAAGAAAAAACUGAUAAUGAACAGCUAAUGUUAUCUUUAUUUCCUAAAAUGUCAGCUUUAUUAGCAACAUACCAGUAAGAAACCCAACCUUGACUAUAUCUACUUUCAAGGCUCUCAACACCUUCACACACACAUUGGUCAGUGGAAGCUUUGUAACCCUGCCUAUGUUGCCAGAACUCAAGUCAUUACAGACAUUUUUGGUCAGAUAUUACUGCACUAAUUAUCAUGUAUGUUGCUAUUUAUAUACAAGUUCCAUGGCAUAAGAAAUUCCGAAGUUAAUUUCAAAUUGAUCUUUGAGUACUGUUUUUGUUUGCAGUAAUGAAAAUUAAAAAUACAAGAUGUUGAUAUAUUUAUUAUAAAGUUCUAAAAAAAAAAUUAAAUAAAUUGCAAAGUCAUCUGACACCAUAUUUGGAAUAAUAAAAACUUAAUUUGUAACCUUUGACACUGGAAGGUAUUACACAAUUCUUUUUGGAAUAUUUUCUUAUCAACAGAGAGGAGUUUUCUUCAGAUAAUAUUAGCCAUGAAAACCAAGUUGAAAUCGGUUAAUUAUGCAUCUAGCAGUUGACAAAAAUACAAGUUUUGGUGUAUGGUAUUUCAUAUGCAGGCUUAAAACAAAAUGCUGAUUUUAUUUCUGAACCUAGGAUAAUAUAGAAAACUGAAGGCUUGUCCACACAAGUGGGUAUGAUCAGCAGACACCUGUAAAGAUGAUGUUACAUGCAAGAAAACAUUAACUCCUUGCUUACCAAGCAGUUUGUUCGUCUGUGAUAUCAUCUCCCCUCAUGCCCAUUGAUCAUAUCAAUUUGUGUGAAGAUUGAUGAAAAAUUCUUAAUUGAUUGAAACUAUAUCUUUAACCAUUUUCAUUGAAGGGGAAAAAAUCUACAAAUGCAACCUUAAUUCUUGAACAAAAUACUGAAUGCAAGGAUUCAUAUUUUUCCUAUGAAUGAGACUUUAGCAAGACCUCAAACUCACGGCAAAAUUUCAGAGGGUUAUCUUUUGCAUUCCCAAAUAAAGUAACACAGCAUAAAGAUAGAACUGCAGCUUCAUCCUAUGUCAAUAACUGUAUGCAUACAGUAUUAAACUUGUAAGGUUCAAAUCAUCUAACUUUACGUUAUUGGUCAAUAUGUUAGAAACAAAAUGUGUUAACUAGGUACCAUAAUCCUGGUUUCAAUCUUUAAUUUCUUAUUUUGCAAAAAAGAUCAAUCAUUUUGCUUAUCAUUUGUCCAUAUUUCAAAUCUUUAUGUAUAAAGCACACUAAUAAAUUACUGAAAUAAUUUAUUGAAUUUUUGAACCUUCAUGUAUAUUCAUAAGUAUAUUCAUUGUGCCCAAGACCGUAACUGUUGUCAAUUCUUAAUAUACAAUGCCAUCAUCUAGCAACAGAGUAAACUUGGGUAGCAUGGAGCAAGCUGAAGCCAAACAUGCAAAGAAAAAAAAAAAAAAAAAAAAAAAAAACGAAAAAAAAAAAAAAGUAAA